UAGAUGGAUCUCAAUCCUGGCAGUGGCACUGGAGAUUCUGUUCACGACACGCUUCCUUCAAAACCUCUGCUGCUUUCGACCGACCCUGGUCCUUCCAUCACUCCCCCGUGACAACGUCGCCUACUCAGGAGGUCCACCAAAUCCUGCAAACGCCUACUGUCACACCGCCAGUAGUGCCAACGCCCGCAACGACGCCAGCUGCUCAUGCUGGAAAUCAACUGUAUAUCAAGCGUCAUGUGCGGCGGCGAUUGGGGCACGCGAAGGAAUCUUGCGACAAAGAGCUUAAAAAAGUCGUUCAGUCGAUUACAACUUAUGUGGAGGAGCGCAUUCAGGAAGCAGACUAUGAUGAUGUUCCCCCCACAGUCAUGCCUUUGGAUACCGCCAGUGAGGAUGGAGGUGAUGAAGCUGAUAUUGACCUUCCCGUGAGCAGUCUUCACGGUCGGCACCCCUCCACUGCCAAUUCAAGUCCGAAUUCAUUCAGACGCCACUCCUCUCUCCCUCAUCGAAAUCCUACUGCGUCCCCGUCUACAGUUCCCCACUCUAGUAACAGUGAUAUUAGCCCUACCAAACGCACGCCGCUCCAGACCCCAACAAAGUCAAGCGGAGGAAGUGGCUUAUCGCGUCGCUUUUCUAGAAGUGUCCGGGCUCCCGUGGCACCCAUUUCUGGUGCUAGUUCCCGGUCACCAUCGCGGUCCCGCUCUCCCAUGCCUCAGACAAGUCAGACAACGUCAACCAGCUAUAGUGACACCAAUGCUUUCAUUGGAAGUACUGUAUUAUCAUCGUCACCCAGCUUGGGCGUGGGAAAUCGAGGGUCCUCACGAUAUGAAUACGAGGAUUACCAACCCCCUACUCCUCCCGCUGAUACUUUCAUGCCAACACUUCAGGCCGUAAUUGCGAUUGCUACGGAUAUCAUCGAUAUGCCCAUAUCCAAACUGACCUCCGAGCCAAAAGCUUGCUCCGAACUUGUUCAGAAUGUUCAGAAGAUUGGAAAAGCUUGGGAUGAGCACCCGGAUUGGCAUGGUAGGCAUUGGUAUGUGCAACUCUUACUGGCAGUGGCCAGUUUAAGUCGGGUGGUGGAGUGGUUCGAGGCGGAGCGACAGUUUUGGAAUUUCGAAGGAGACGAAGGGGACGCGACCGAGCAACUUACUUUUGUUUUGAAGCCGCAAACUCGAGAGGGGUUUGUUAAUGAUGCUUCUGCACCCUCUACUGCUUCCGCCACUGGUCGAUUUGAUCAUCAACCGAAGUCCCGCCCGUCUUCUCCGUCACAGCAAUCUGACGAACGGACAUCCACAAGGGCGUCGUCUUCUUCCAAUUUGAAGCGUUUGCAGAGAUCUGCAUCGCUUCCGCAGGUUACCGCUUCCGCGGGUGUCCACCCUUCGGAGCAGUCUGCAGCGGUUGAAUCUCCAGGCUUGCCCUCUGCGGAACCUCCAGAGCUUUCGAGGGAAGAAGCUUCAGAAACAUUACGUCAACAGGCUGAGGAAGCCCAAAGUUUGAACAUUGUGCUCGAACUAUCGUUGGACGGUGAGCAUGGGCAGCAGUUUGCUUGGAUCAAUCCAGCCUGGUUUGAUGUCAUUGGUACCGACCCCGAGCAACUUAUUGGGACGCCUAUAUCGGAGCAUCUCGCUGAAUCUGAUUCCGACGUCUUUGCCGAAGCGACUCGUCAGCUCCAGGAGGAUGAUUCACACACCCUUGAAGUCCAUUUUCGGAUUAAGGUGAAACCAUCGGAUGUUGAUGAUGGCGAGCAAUGGUAUCGUGAGAUGGAAGGCAAAGGCAUGUUGAUGUAUGAUCGCGCCGAUGCCACUCCUUCCCACACGAUGUGGGUACUUAAGCCUCUUGGGCCUCCAGAGAUUGGUGAUGGGAUGCACCCAGAUGCACUAGGAGAGCCUGCGUCAGCGGGUCCUGGAUUUCACCGUCGGGCUAUCACUGAACCCGUCACGCCGUUUCCCUAUCUUAAGGAUGUGCCUACGGGCUCCAUCCUCUGCCGUAUCUGCGAGGUGGAGAUACCAAGUUGGUUCUUCGUUAAACAUAACGACACGUGCAUGGAGGAGCACCGCAUAGAGGCUUCGAUCGCUGAGAUUAACGAAAGCAUCGCUGAGUUACGAAAUACAGUGCGCGAGCUCAAGACGGCUUUGGACAGACCUGCUGUGAAUGGUGCUCCUGAAUAUCGUGGAGAACCGAUAUUUUCACCGGCACUUUCAUCUCCCUCAUCAUCACUCACCCAGUUCUUUAAGCCUCCACUCUCCGCUCGGCUUCAGAAGGCCAGCGUGCGAAAGCUGCAACAAAAGCUUCUGAGUCAAAUUGAAGAGAUACUUCAGACCUCUCAGGAUAUUUCAAUGCCGGGGCUUAGGGAGGACCAGGCCCAUGAACCGAUUGAGCGCCAACGCGUGCUCUCUCCGGACUCUGUAGAGCGUAUGAUCCGCGCACGCAAUUGGACUCGACCGACCUCAGAUGAUCCCGCGCUUGCAAACCUUGUUAACGACGCCGCUAUGCUUGUUCGGUCCAAGCUGGAGGAAGUGAACCGCCUUUCGAAUACGGUGCGAUAUUCUGAAAAAGUCCGACAGGAAUGGGAGGAUGAUUAUCUCCAGCGACAAGCAGAUGUGGAGGCCGCUGUGAGCGCUUCUAAAGAGCAAUCCAUAAUGAAUCCGUCAUCUAUCGCAGCCAGCUCCGAGCGAGGAGACGUUUCGAGCGCCACCUCCGAAUAUGCUUUCGAUGCCGCUGAUACUGACCAAUGUAUGUACCCGACACCUAUACAGCCUGCGUCGCCUGCUCCUAGUAGGGGACGUGGCGGAUGGCGGAGCGCUAUAGGUGCCAUACUCCACCCUUCGUCAUCCCGCCUUUCAAUCUCCCGCGCAUCUACGCCUCCUUCCAUCUCGUCCCCGCUGGCUAUUGCUGCUCCAAUUGUUGCGUCCAUCGAUUCCGCACCAGACAAUCCUCUGGAACUUCAGCUGCCUCCGAGUGCAGCUGGGAGUAUGUCAUCAAUCCAGGUCCCAUUGCAAAAUAGUGCUCAGACAGUUCGAACACGAGCUCCCACGAUGAUUGCGACAGGUGGGGAACCGCGCUUUGUCCUCACCCCCCCGGUAUCACCUUCUAUAUCAGCUCAAGACAACCCUCGUCACAAGCGGCGGUUGUCGAAUAUCCCUAUGCUCAGUCCAGCGGUUUCUGUCGCUGGGAGCGCUAUACUUCCCGGACCUCCUUCUCCUCGUAUCUCCACUAUCGGACCGCCAAAGACACAACCUGCCUCGAUUAAAGAUUUCGAUAUCGUGAAACCUAUCAGCAAAGGCGCCUUCGGUUCGGUAUUUCUUGCAAAGAAAAAAGUUACUGGUGACUAUUAUGCGAUCAAGGUCUUGCGUAAGGCGGAUAUGAUUGCGAAGAAUCAGAUCACUAAUGUGAAGGCUGAGCGCAUGAUUCUCAUGAAGCAGGCGGACUCGCCGUUUGUCGUAAAGCUCUUCUACACAUUUCAAAGCAAGGAUAACCUCUACCUCGUGAUGGAGUAUUUGAAUGGGGGCGAUUGCGCAGCCCUCGUUAAGGCCCUUGGAUCUCUUCCAGAAGAAUGGACUAAGGCGUAUAUUGCUGAAAUAAUUCUCGGAUUGGAAUAUCUACAUGCUCGUGGCGUCAUUCACCGUGAUCUUAAACCGGACAACCUGCUUAUCGAUCAACGUGGGCAUCUCAAGUUGACCGACUUCGGCCUUAGUCGGAUUGGGCUGUUAAACCGACAAACUCGUGACGCCCGCGCUCCAGAUCACCGUGGGAGCGGGCAUGGCAGUAGUAUAUCGAGAUCUACAUCCAUUGAUUCUCCUCGCCUUGGAUCACCAUUUCAGAGUGUCUCUGACUCCACGAGCCAGACCUACUUCAAUUCGCGAACCAAUUCAUCUGCUGUAAAUCUGACCAACACAGGGGAUGAUGUCAGCGAAUCUAGUGGGUCGGAGAGCAUAUCAAGUAUGUUCCUUAAACGGUCUUCUUCGACUAAGCGCAAGCCGAAAGAUAGUCCUGUCCAAUCAUUCGCUGAUCUCACCAAUGAUCUCCGAUCCCACUCCAGUUCCAAUGCUCACUUGGGAAGAAGUACAACCAGUACUCCUCAAGAGCCGCGGUUCGUUGGUACACCGGAUUAUCUGGCACCAGAGAUUAUUCUCGGAUACGGGGGAGAGGACAGGGUGGUGGACUGGUGGGCUCUUGGCGUAAUCACGUACGAGUUUUUAUAUGGUGCUCCUCCAUUUCAUGCCGACGCACCGGAGCAAGUAUUCGAGAACAUUAUCUCCCGGCGGAUUGACUGGCACGAAGACUGGGUUGACUUUUCACCUGAGGCCAGGGACUUCAUGGAACGUCUUAUGUGCACCGAUCCCACACAACGGCUGGGCUGCAAUGGUCCACAGGAAGUGAAGCAGCAUCCGUUCUUGGCUGACGUCGACUGGAAUAACGUAAUGACUUCGGAACCACAGUUCGUACCAUCCGUCACGGAUCCUGAGUCGACGGAUUACUUUGAUCCUCGUGGAGCAAUUCCUCAGCUGUUUCAUGAUGACGAAUUGGUGGCUGUGACAGGGAGGCCCUCAUUUGCCGGCAGCACGAAGGACGAGAAUCCUUCUGUUCCGUCAUCACACCAGCAAUCCCCUGUCCGGGAGGUAUUUACCUCCAACACCGACGAGUUUGGUACAUUCAAUUUCAAGAACUUGCCUGUGCUGAAGCAAGCCAACGACGAACUCAUUCGGAAGAUGCAAGCCUCACCGCCAUCAGAAACCGCAAGUCCAGUAAUGUCGUCCCUUAAUCAACCGCUCACCGAACCACCUACGUCCCAUAUCGAUCGUCGGAGAAGUAUUUCACAGCGAGGGCCGAAGGCUCUUAACAUUCAUCCACCGCCGCCGCCUCCGCCUCCGCCACCCCCUCCGAUACCGAUUCCCUCCGACCGGGUGAGUGAAUCCUUGUCGAGGUCACCAAUGUUAGCCGACACCCCUUCCCAGAUGCCUAAUCCAGCGUCGGCGAUACAGAUUCCUCCAUCUCCUUCCAAUUCAACAUCUUCGGGGAUGUCAGCCUUCUCUCGUGGUCCAUCCACGCCCGCCAGCGCAAACAAUCAUGUCCGUCGUCCAUCUGAGUUUGGACCAGUCGAGAGAUUCAAACACAGUCAUCUUGAUAUGGAUGGUCAUCGGCGAAACUCGAUGCCCAGUCGUCUUCGUACCUCAUCCAUGUCUAGUUCGGACUUCGCCGGCGUGGAACCCUGGCCAACUGAGAGGACACCUGCAGAAACUCCGCAUACCUCCCUGUCACAAAGCGUUUCUGAACGUAAGCACAAGGACAUUUCCGAUAAAGUUGUCACAUGUCUCCUGGCCGAGGAUAAUCCGAUCUCCAUUAAGAUUCUUGAGACGCUUUUGACGCGGAUGGGUGUCCACUGCGUCUUGGUCAGCGACGGCGCCGAAGCAAUCUCUGUCGCACUGGGGGAUAUAAAGUUCGAUCUAAUACUUAUGGAUCUCAACAUGCCGAAUGUCGAUGGCGAGACGGCAGCUAGAUACAUCAAAAGCACCAACAAUAAAAACGCCAACACUCCGACCGUCGCUGUCAGCGCGUACAGCAUGUUAGAUUCCGAAUCCUCGAAUGGGGUGUUCGUGGCAUCCCUCGCCAAACCAGUGCAACGCGCUGACCUGCUUGCUGUGCUGAAGCAACUAGGAUUCCGAGGUACGGGUUCUAGCUUAGAUGAGUUUCCCGGCCAGUGCUGAUCUACUUACAGUUACCACCCAGGAGGGUGGCAAGUCUACUUCAAAAAUCAUCAAAUAAUUAAAUUGGUUCAGCUCUUAAGUUUCUCCGAAUCUUGCCUGCUUUUCUUUCCUAUUCUUUGAACACGUCUGUUUGCCAUGUUUCAUUAUCGAUUCAUUCCCGCAUCUCAAUCUUGCAUGAUUCACCGCAUACCUCA